AUGAAGGCGGAGAUGAUCAAAUGUCCUUGUCAGCGUUGCUGCCUAGUUAGAUACAAGAUUAGGGUUGAGGUUAAGAGUGAUUUGAUAUGUCAUGGUUUUCUACCAACAUAUACAAAUUGGUAUCUACAUGGUGAAGAAUUAGAUACACAUGAGGAUGAAGAAUUAGAGCCUGAAUCUCGUGGAGAGUAUACUGAAGACUCGACUAAGAAUCUGCUUGAAGACCAGACUAAUACUCUGCUUGAAGAUGUCUUUCCAGAUAUGGCUGCAAGUUUUGAAUCUGAUGAUAGUAUGCCCAGAGAGGAUCAGUCAGAAGAUCAUCCGAAACAGAGUGAUGCAUAUGAUGAUUUGUUAUCAGACUGCAAUGAAGCUCUUUAUGAAGGAUGUCAGUCUUUUAGCAAAUUAUCAUUCAUGCUUAAGCUGUAUCACAUCAAGUGUAUGUGUAGGAUAAGUGACAAGGAAAUGUCUAUGGUAAUUGAUCUCUUAAAGGAAGCUUUUGAGCAUGCAAAGCUGCCGGAUUCAUUUAACGACAUGAAGAAAAUUAUUCGGAAGUUAGGAUUUACGUAUCAAACAAUUCAUGCAUGUGAUGCGGAGUCAGGUUUUACCAAACUCCUAGACCUCUGCAAGUGCACAGAUCGCGGAAGUAUGGGUAUCGAACACAAGGACUGGCUAUUGAGUACACUUUGUAACUAUGGAUUUUGGAUCAAGCUAAAACAAAAGUAUGAUUGA